AUGGUCAACAAGAUUCGGGAGAUGCCGCCACCAAAGGUGGAAAAACUUCAGCCAUUGAUUGAUUUCGGAGUUGCAGUUCAAAACAUAUGUGCUACCAUUACUGCUUCAGGACUGCAAGAGUACAUGUGCAAUGUGACACUUCUUCAGGAGCUGACCGAGAGAUUGCCACCGUCAAUAAGGUUGAACUGGGCAUACCAUCGACAGGGAUUGCCGAGGGUUUCGCUUACAGAGUUUGGAAAUUGGUUGGGAAGCUUGGUCGAAUCAGCGAGCAUUGUCGCGUUACCAAGUCUUAGCGCUCCGAAACUAGAGAAGCUCGAACGAUGGGAAGACAACUACAUCAACGUUCACUCUGAAACUACAAAAUGCUGUCCCGUUUGCAAGUGUGACUGUGGCGGCCCAGAGAAGUGUCAGAAGUUCCUCGACAUGGACGUCGGUUCCCGUUGGUCAGUGGUUAAGGAGCAGAAGCUGUGUAGGAAGUGUUUACGGAAACAUUUCGGCGCCUGUCAAGUGAAGACACCGUGCGGGAGGAAUGGCUGCACAUUCAUGCAUGAUAGAAUUCUACACGGCGACAAGCGGUACAGUAUGCUCAUGACGGCAACUGAGUCCUUAAAGCCGACGAUCGAAAUGACAACGACGCAGAGCUGCAAUACGCAUACGAAAACGGCUAGAAAGGUUCCCGGUACUAUCUACGGCAAGGGGAAGCAAGUGUCUACGUACGCGUUCCUCAGCGAUGGAUCGUCGUCAACAUUGAUGGAGCAUAGCUUGCUAAAGGAACUAGGCCUUAAAGGAACGCCAUAUCCAUUGUCUCUCGAUUGGACGGGCGGUCACAGGCGACAUGAAAAUGAGUCGGUUAUGCUAGCACUUAAGAUUUGUGGCGUGUCCGUCACAAUCGACGUUUUCAAGCUUUCGGAAGUUCAUACAGUCCGAGAUCUCUCUCUCCCGAAGCAGUCGGUGUCAAUAUCUCAACUAGCGACUAAGUACAGUUAUCUCGAAGGAUUGCCGUUAAUAUCAUGUGAUAGUAUCUCCCCACGAAUCCUCAUAGGUAUGGAUAACUGUCGGCUUGGGCAUGCGUCGAGAAGCAUAGAAGGAAGCGAGAACGAACCGGUGGCCUCAAAAACUCGCCUGGGAUGGAUGGUAUAUGGUCCCUGUUCUAUAGAGUCUGGAACAAUAAUCUCCAGCUACAGCGGCCAUCACAGUUUCCACAUCUGUGCCUGCGUCAAUGAGGAAGACAAGGAUCUGAAUGCAGCCAUGAAGGAGAAAUCGAUACGAGACCGGCUUAUUGUGGCGAUACGACCAAAUUAUGUUACCAUGCAACAGAGGGAUGGCUAUGAAUCGACUGGCAUGUCUGCAGAAGCGUUUACGGAGAGAUCCAGAAUUGGCUGUAGCAAUGAAUACGAAGAGAAGGGGUACAUUCGUCGGCUUUCGGCAGCGGAGAAAACAGAGAAGCACUCUAACGAUUGGUACCUUCCGAUUUUCCCAGUUACAAACCCUAACAAACCUGGAAAGUUUCGGAUUGUCUUCGAUGCAGCGGCGAAAGUCAACGGUGUUUCGCUAAAUUCUUUUCUCCUUACGGGACCUGAUCAGUUGGUAUCGUUGCUCACCGUUUUGUACAAAUUCCGCGAGUUUCGUGUCGCUAUUGUAGGGGACAUCCGGGAAAUGUUCUUUCAAGUUCAGAUGAAGAAACAGGACCAGCGAAGUCAGAUGAUUCUGUGGCACAAUGGAGAACCAGAAAUUGAACCCGAAGUGUACGCGGUGGCGGUUAUGACAUUCGGAGCGGCGUGCUCCCCGAGCUGUGCACAUUACGUGAAGAAUCUGAAUGGCAAAAGAUUCGAAAAGCAGUAUCCAAGAGCUGUAGAAUGCAUCAAAUACGAACAUUACGUCGACGACAUGCUAGCGAGUGUUGAAACCGAACAAGAAGCAGUGAAGCUUGCUAAGGAAGUACGAUUCAUACAUUCUCAGGGAGGCUUCGAAAUUCGCAACUGGCUAUCCAACUCCAAUGCCGUCGUCGAAAGCUUGCACGAGAAUCACACGAAGGAGAAGAACAUGAGUUUUUCCGCAGAGAUGGCCACAGAAAAGGUGCUUGGAAUGUGGUGGGAUACCACAACUGAUACGUUCACAUUCAAGUUGUCACCUAAGCACGAUGUGGAGCUACUCUCUGGUGCCAGAAUACCUACAAAACGUGAAGUUCUGAGGACGUUGAUGGCAAUAUAUGAUCCGAUGGGACUCAUCGCCAACUUUCUCAUCUACUUAAAGAUCCUGCUGCAGGAAAUAUGGCGUUCCGGAUGCGGUUGGGACGACGAGAUCAGUGGCAAGCUAGUCGAGAAAUGGACCACAUGGAUCGAAGCGCUGCCGAAUGUUCGUCAAGUCAGCAUCCCUCGUUGCUACCGAGUUAUAACGUCCGCCGCGUCGACGAAUAGGGUAGAAUUGCACAUAUUCUGUGAUGCUAGCGAGAAUGGAAUAGCUGCCGUAUCAUACUUCAGGUUCGAAGAAGAGGGUACAGUGGAGUGUGCCCUUAUUGGAUCAAAAACACGUGUGGCCCCAUUGAAGUUUCUCUCGAUCCCUCGCCUUGAACUUCAGGCUGCUGUAAUUGGGGCUCGAUUUGCUGAUUGUAUAACCAAGUCGCACCGUAUGGAGAUUUCUCGCCGUGUAUUCUGGACCGACUCCCGUGACGUGAUAUGCUGGUUACGUUCAGAUCACCGACGCUUCAGCCAGUUCGUGGCUUUCAGGGUCAGCGAGCUUCUCGAUACAACGCAGGUGAAUGAGUGGAGAUGGCUUCCAACUAAAGCAAAUGUAGCGGACGAGGGGACGAAAUGGCAAAGGAUGCCGAACCUUCAGCCUAGCAGUCGUUGGUUCCAUGGACCGGACUUUCUGCGGCAGCCUGAGAAUGAAUGGCCUGGCUAUAGUGGAGAUCAAGGUGCAACCGUAGAGGAGCUUCGUCCAAAUAUUCUUCACCACUCAGUAACAAAACCACUGGUAAAUUUCGAACGCUUUUCAAAAUGGAAACGGCUUCUUAGGUCGGUUGCGUAUGUUCAUCGCUUCGUAUCGAAUCUUCGUAAGCGCGCCAGGAAGACUUCCAUCGAGCUCGGCCCACUAACGCAGGAAGAGCUGAAGCUAGCAGAGAACAUUAUUUACCGGUCAGUUCAACAGCAGGCCUAUCCAGGUGAAAUCCAGGUGCUGCGCAGCGGUUCAACAGAACACUCAUGGGAGCGCACAUUACCGAGAAACAGCCCGCUGCACAAACUGAAUCCGAUCAUCGAUGAGCACGGUGUAUUGAGAAUGCUAGGACGUAUAAAUGCCUGCGAUUGGGUUGAUGAAGCCACCAAAAACCCGAUCUUGCUUCCGAGGAAAAACUAUGUGACUCAGUUGGUGAUCGCCGACUAUCACGCGACUUACAGACAUCAAAAUCACCAUACAGCGUUGAAUCAGAUCCGAUUAAAGUAUUACAUAUCUCGUCUCAGAUCAGAGUUUGAUCAAGUCCGUAGAAGAUGCCAACGAUGCAAGAUUUUUAAAGCAAAUCCACAGCCACCAGCAAUGGGAAACCUUCCGUCUGCCCGGUUGGCAGCCUUCCAGCGACCGUUCUCUUACACUGGAGUCGACUAUUUUGGGCCGAUGUUAGUGCUAGUUGGCAGACGAACUGAGAAAAGAUGGGGAGUCCUGCUUACCUGCAUGACGACCAGAGGCGUGCACAUCGAAAUCGCACAUUCGUUGUCGACCGAUUCGUGCAUCUUAGCUCUACGUAACUUCAUAGCAAGAAGAGGACCGCCGCUGGAAUUCAUAAGCGACCGAGGUACGAACUUCAUAGGAGCUUUCCGGGAGCUGCACGAAGCCCUCAAGCAUGUCGACGAGGAGAAGCUUAUGAUAGAGUUCGUCAGUCCUGUCACCAAGUGGACUUUCAAUCCACCAGCCGCCCCGCACUUUGGCGGCUGUUGGGAGCGUUUGAUCCAGUCUGUCAAGCGCACCAUGAAAGAUUUCGACCUUCCGCGUUUGCCAUCGGAUGAGAUUCUUCGCUCCACACUGAUGGAGAUAGAGAUGAUUCUGAAUUCAAGACCGCUUACUGACAUACCAUUAGAUACCGACACUGAACCCCCUCUAACACCAAAUCACUUCCUGUUAGGGUCUGCUGACGGGAAUAAGCCCCCGAUCAUUUUCGAUGACAAACCUUCUGUACUAAAGCAAUCGUGGAAGAUGGCCCAGCUGUACGCCGAUAACUUCUGGAAGAAAUGGGUGGUCGAAUAUUUGCCCACAUUGACGCGUAGGACAAAAUGGUUCCAGCCCGUCAAACCCAUCCAAAAGGGUGAUCUAGCGUUGAUUGUAGAUGCGAAACUUCCGAGGAAUUGUUGGCCACGAGGACGAGUGAUCGAAGCGAUCCAAGCCGAAGACGGACAGGUCCGUCGUGUAACCGUGCAAACAGGAACUGGACUGAUGGAAAGGCCAGCGGUCAAGGUUGCUGUAUUAGACGUCGGUGCAACAGGAGGUAAGCCAACUGAACAACAGUGA